AUGAAGAAUCUCGAAAAAGACAGGGACCCGUUCCCCUCGGGUGACUCGGCCGAGCAGAGCGAGUCGGCACCCGAAGCCGUCGAUGCACAACCAGCGAAUCCUCGCGAAAGACACGAGCCCACACCGAGACAGCUUGAAAGUGGAAAAUACAACGGAGGCGCGCCGAACAGCGACAAGGAUCCUAAUCUGGUGACAUGGGAUGGACCGGAUGACCCUCAAAAUCCCAAAAAGUGGUCGCUCAAGAGACGGUGGUUAGCAACUAGUCUGGUAUCGCUCAUCACAUUCAUGACACCGAUCGCCUCGUCUAUGAUCGCUCCUGCCGAGUCUGUCAUCGCUCACGAUCUCGAGGUUCAUUCCACCUUCGAGUCUGAGCUCAUUUUCUCCAUUUUCUUACUGGCCUUUGUGAUCGGCCCGCUCUUUCUUGCUCCACUGAGCGAGGUCUUUGGGCGUGUGAUCAUUCUCCAAAUUGCUAAUAUCUGGUUUCUCAUCUUCAACUUCGUAUGCGGGUUUGCUCAAAAUGUCAGUCAAAUGCUUGCUUUUCGCUUUCUGGCCGGGCUCGGAGCAUGUGCACCACAGACAAUCGGCGGCGGAGUCCUCUCCGACUUGUGGACGUCAGAAGAGCGUGGGAUGGCCGUGGCGAUUUACACCUUAGCCCCCGUGCUAGGCCCAUCUGCAGGCCCGCUGAUGGGAGCCUGGAUCACGGAAAGGACCACAUGGCGGUGGUCUUUCUGGGCGGUUACAAUCUUCGGAGUCACCGUUCAGGUGUUGAUUUAUUUCACGCUGUCCGAGACAUUCGCUCCUCGAAUCCUGCAGUGGAAGGCUGAGAGAUUGCGUCGGGAAACCGGAAAUGACCAGCUGCACACCGAGUAUGAGACAGAAGACCGUAACAUCAAGACAGUGUUGAGUCGUGCCCUCGUCCGGGUGGUCGUUCUUCUCAGCACCCAGCCAAUUGUCCAGUUUCUUUCCCUGUACAUUGCCCUGAUCUAUGGCGUCAUUUACCUGAUGCUGGCAACAUUCCCGGCUGUCUGGACUGAGGUGUAUCACGAGUCGAUCGGGAUAGCAGGCCUGAACUAUCUAUCGCUCAUGAUCGGGUUAUCCCUAGGAGCCCAGACGGGUGGGCGACUCAUUGACCUGGUUUAUCGCCGGCUCAAAUCCCAUGCUCCAAACCAAGAAGGACGCCCAGAGUUCCGGGUCCCGAUCCUGUUUCUGUCGACUUUGCUGGUUUCCGGUGGUCUUUUUAUGUACGGCUGGUCGGCGCAAGCGCGCACACACUGGAUCGUGCCCAAUAUCGGUGCAGCCAUCUUCGGCGCCGGGGCCACUUUGACGUUUACGAGUCUGCAGAUCUACACUAUUGAUUCGUAUCAAUUGUAUGCCGCGUCGGCCGUGGGAGCUACCGCCGUGGCAAGGAGUGCCACGGGAUUUGCCUUUCCUUUAUUCGGGACCUAUAUGUUCCGUGCUCUGGGCCGCGGCUGGGGGAAUAGCGUGCUGGCUUUUGCUACGCUCGGAAUCGGAUACUCGGGGUCGCUAGUGCUGUGGUUCUUCGGCGAACGGUUGCGCUGUGCCAGCCAUUAUGCGGCGGACAAAUGA